CGGGACGGCACAUCAUAUAGGUCUGCCCCUCUUGAAUCAGCUUAAGAGGGGUAAAGCCGUCCGUUCCAAUUUGAUAUGAGAAUCGUGUCUUUAUCAAAAUUGACGGCCCAGCUCACGUUCUUCACUGCCCGUAUUAGAGAUGGCUUCAGUGGUUAUCAAGUGCAUCAUUACCUUGCUUGCGCUAUUUGCGAGUGGUGUACGUUGCGACGAGCAAAAUGUGAAGAGGCGACCUAUAAUGCUCGACCGUUCUGGCGGGUUCAAUAUCGCUGGCAAGGUCAUACGAAACCCUAGAAAUCCUAACAUGACACUCUCUUGUGAUCAUGGCUACAUGGAAUAUUUCAUUCCUUGGAAACCACGGAAGACGAGUCUCGUUAUGUGGCACAGCUCCAGCACACAGACUUGGCAGAACCGAUUUGACGGGGGCGAAGGCUUCAAGGAUAUGUUUCUAAGACGAAAUUACCCUGUCUACCUUUGGGAUGCACCACGGCUAGGGCGUGCUAAUUGGGCAUGCGAGCCGACUUUCUACAUACCCGACUACAGAGAUCAGGGAAACUUCGUCGCGUGGAAUUUCGGCCCGUCGUAUCCCAACUUCUGGAAUGACACGCAGUUUCCGGCUUCUAACGAGACUGCUUGGCAACAGACGACCAGCGCUCGUUAUGUCGAAUAUGACACAAACGCUAACAUUUACCUACAAGCGAAUGCUGCGGCAGUUGCCGCCGACUCCUACAAAAUCGGCGACAGCAUCGUGUACCUGACCAACUCGGCAGCAGGAUUGCGUGCGCAGCUGGCGGUGGCGCUGAGUAACACGACCAAUACCAAAGCGAUCGUGGCAUACGAGAGCUUCGGCUACAUUUUCCCCGACAACCUCAACAUCACCGCUAGCCAGCCCUUCGGACCACUUAUCGUCCCGCUCGAGCAAUUUAAAAAGCUCGCUAAACUACCUGCUAUCCAGUACAUCUUCAGCGAUCACCGCUCAGAGAAUUUCAUUUUCCUCGCGCAAGCGAGGCUCUCUGCUAAGAUCAUCAACAUGUAUGGAGGCAAUGCGGAAGUGCUCUUGCUAGGGAAGGACGCGGGGCUCAAAGGUAGCACGCAUAUCGCGUUUAUGGACAUGGAUAAUGACAAGGUCGCGGGUCUUUUGGAUAAGUUCUUGAGGAAGAAUAAGCUGGACCGUUACGUGGGACACAGAGGCAGGAAGUAGAAGUACUUGAAAGAAAGGCAGACGUUGAUGUGAUUAUCAAUUCUGGAUCAUGCAACGUCCGUCACCCACGAUAAACGUUGAGUAACUGUCAGCAAUUUUACAUGUUGGAUCUUUACACACACAAAGUGUUAGGCUGGUGUAACUAAAUCUACAUACGAUACUCCCUUUAAUGGGCAUAUUGGCCUACGUGGGUCGCCUACGUGUUUUGUUUAGCGAGAGCCGCCAUUUCCAAAAACAGGAAGUGUUUCCAGUAUUAAGAAUCUAUAUCUCGC